GUACGUAGAAGGCUAUCUUAGAAAGCACCAUAAGGAGCGGACAAAUUGUGCAAAGGGGUCGUGUUACUAGAACCGCUGGACCUUUGAGGAACUUACGAAGCCAGAAUGGCAGAGCCCCCAACGGAUCAGCCAAGCACAAAUGAUUCAAUAGACGCACGUAUUUUUGGAGCUGAUGGAGGACUGCGCCCAGACCAUCCUCUGCUGCGCCGUGCUCAGGAGGCACUCAGGUCGCAGUUUGAAGCCAACCGCACGCGAUUGCAGGAGGAGCUCCGGGAAAAGACGAAUGCAUUACAACAAGCGAAAACGAAACGUGAAGCCCUUGGUGUUGAGCUCUAUGGAUUCCAGCAAAACCUGGCCAAGCUGCAGCUGGCGCUGGAGCAAACCCACCAGAACUACCAAGUUAUUAACCGUACAAGGGAGCAGUGUGAGGAGCAGCUGCAGCAGCUGCGGCAGCAGAUGGCGCUGGAGGAGACGGACACCAAGGGCGAGCGGACCCGGGUGGAGAAGUUCCAGCUGGAGUUGGACCGACUGGGUGCGACUCUGAAGCAGGUGGAGGAGUACAACGAGGCCAUGAAGGGCGAGAUUGCCGUGACGCGGCGUGCAGCCUACGCGGCGGAGGAGGCGGUCCAGAAGCUGGAGAAGGCCAAGAUGGAGCAGGACUUCAGGAUCGACACGCUCCAAGAGAACAUGAAGAGCGCGCAGCAGCAGCUGGCGCUGGUGUCGGCGCAGCUGGAGGCGCAAAAGCGGGAGACGCGCGCCGCUCUGGAGACGCUGGCAGAGGCUGAGGCGGAGAUGGAGAACGUGCACUUUGAGAAGAAGCAGCUCGUGGCGCAAUGGAAGAGCAGCCUGCUCGCCAUCCAAAAGCGCGACGAGGCCUUGUCAGCCAUCCAGGACGGCAUGCGGGAGCAGCAGCAGCAGGAGAUGUCGCUCAUGCUGGAGAUCGAGGGCUACAAGAAGGACGUGGUGAAGGAGCAGCUGAAGCACGAGGCGCUCACGGCGGUGGUGCGCAAGGUGGAGGGAGACGCGGUGUUCGUGCAGAAGCAGAUCGAGGCGGCGCAGGAGCGGCAGGCUCGCCUGCAAGAGAUCCUGGCCAAGCUGGCCAAGUCGCUUGAGCACACGGAGGCGGAGGUGGCGCGAGUCAACACAGAGAAGAAGGCGCUGGAGGGCGAGGCGGAUGCGGUGGACCGCGCCAUCACCAAGGUGGCCGCUGAGAGCCGCAACAUCGAGGAGGAGAUGCUGGCGGCGCUGUCGGACCAAACCACUGCGGAGAAGGCCACCUCCAAGACCGCCUCCGACACCGUGGACCUGCGCAAACGCAUUCGCGCGGAGGAACUGGCGGUGGUGGAGACGGAGAACGAGUUGGCGAAGCUGCAGGUGGACAUCCUGAACACCGAGGCCCACAAUACCCGGCUGGCUGAGACGCUGGGUCUGCUGGACGAGGAACUGCGUGACAAGGGGCGCACAAUUGAAAAGUACGAGCUGGAGAUCAAGCGGCGAAACGAUGAGAUCGAGAAGAAGACGCGCGAGAUCGACAUCCUGAACCGAAGAUAUGAGCGCAUCCUGGACGCCCGCGGCACGGGCGAAGAGACGGGGCCGCUGGAGGCGACCAUCAAGAACCUGCAACGCGAGAUCGACACCAAGGCGCAGGAGAGCAAGGAGCUGCAGCGGCGCUGGAUUAACUACCAGCAGGAACUGGUGAGCCUCCAGAACGAGAACGGUGUGCUGACGGAGACGCUGUCGCGGCUGCGAGCAGAGCACACCGUGCUCUUCCAGAAGAAGCGGCGGCUAGAGCAGCAGCUUGAGGGCCAGGACAAGGCCAUCAAGGCCCUGGAGUCGGGCAUGGGUCGCCUGCAUGUGGACUUGCAGCGCGUGAACGGCCUCAUCGCCACCAACGCAGCUGCUCGCGCGGCUCUGGCGGAGGACAACUUCAACCUGGAGGGGCGGAUCAUGGCGGACCUGAAGCUGAUGGAGGAGGAGGCGGCACGGCUGAACAGCCAGAUUGAGGAGGGCCGCUCCACCAAGCGCGACACGCUGUCCGAGAUCGUGGAGGCCGAGCGGCAGAUUAUGCUGUGGGAGCGCAAGAUCCAGCUGGAGAAGGAGAUGGCGGAGGUGCUGGACCCCACGGUGGGGCAGGACGUGGUGGCGGAGAUGAAGAAGGAGAUCCACCGAAUGCAGCUGCGGCUGGGCGAGCUCAUGAGGCUGCAGGAGAAGCUGGUAUCCGACAUGGAGAAGGCGCUGCUCAAACGCGACAUCAUCACCGUCAAGGGCCGAGCCACGGUGGCCAAGGGCAAGGCCAGCGCCCCCAGCAACCUCGCGGGCAACAGCUCCCGCACCUCCCCCGCCAGCUCCGCCAUGUCGCCCCUCACACGCAACCAGCUGGAUAAGGCCACCACCGACCUCGCGCGAUCCAUCAAGGACACGGAACGCGAGAUCACUGCCACCGAGCAGCGCAUUUCGGUGCUGGAGCAGCAGCGGGCGGCGGUUUCGGAGGCGGUGGCCGCCACGGACGCGGCCUGCCAGCAGCUGCGGGGCAGCGAGGAGGUGUUGCGGCUGGAGACGGUGUCAGCGGUCAACAACCGCUACGGGCUGCUGCUGGCGACGGCGCGGGCGCAGCGGACGACGAAGCGACUAGAGGACCUGGAGUCGGGUCGCUACCGGCCCGUGGUGGAGGACCCGGGGGCGGUGGCAGCAGAGCUAGCCAAGGCGCAGGACAAGCUGGGUCGUGUGGUGGGGCUGCUUGAGAGCCUGAAGGCCGCUGCGCCGCAUCUGUCCGGGGAGUUAGACAAGGUGCUGUGCCACGUGGCGGAUGUGCGUGGGUGAUGCUGGGCGGGGAGUGGGAGCUGCAGUAGGGAAGAAGACCCUUGGAGGAGCUGUAAAUAGGGGAGUACUGAACACUGCCUGGGCAGACGAGGACACGUAGGGAGGGAGUGGAAGGAAAGGGUGAGGGACUAGGGGCCGGGGAGAUGGGGAGGAGCCGGAUGGGUGGAUGUCAGGUCACAACUUGACCAGGGGUUUGGGCUUGAAAGUAUUCUGGCAGGGAACCGUUGGGAAACGGACACGCGUGACCACGUUUGUAGCACGGCCGUGGGUAGCGAGCCGAACCUGUGAAGGAAACUUAUUGGGCUGUGGCACGAGAGUUGGGAUUUUGGAGUGAGCAGUCGGGGCAAUCUGGUGCUUUAAGGAGAUGCGAGGCCUCCUAUCUAAGCCGUCCAAAGCGGUGUAUAGGUGAUAGACUGGACAGACGGCACUGAUUGCUUCUCUGGGUAGAACUGAAAGGUUGGGAACACGGAAAGCACUGCUGAACUGCAAUUGUGGCAAGCUAUGCGUGAGCUGGUAAUGAUUGUGAUCUGAGUUUGUGGCAUUAAUAAUCCCCUUGUUUGUGGGAAUGGACCUGGGCAGGCUUGCAGGGCCAGCAGGCCUGUGAGCUCCCCAUAGUUUAUACGUGCUUGCUCUAUCUAUGGGUCGCUACUUUGCAUGAUAACUGAUUUAUAGCUUCUAGGUUUGGACUUGUCUGAGCCGGCGCGUUGGCUAGUGCAACCCCUAGCUCUGUACAUAGGGUUUGGGAAAUUUCGUAUGUACUGAUGUGAAGUGGGCGGUGGAAGUCAGCUAGCUGGCUGAACCCCUGAUGGGGGUCGCCGCGGGUGAUUUUGUUUUAGGGGUGUGGUACGGAGGAAGUUAGAAGGAAAGCGGUGGAAUGGGAUUCGAAAUCCGUAAAGGGGGUCAUACACUCCGUCGUGUUUUACGCCAG